GGAAGCCCGCGUGUCUUCGACGUUCGUCCUCCCGGUCGUCCUCCUCGCUCAGUCUUUGUUAUGCAUUCAUCGUCCUGAACAACCUUCUCACAUAAUACUCCCGCUCUGUGCGAGCUCCAGACCACCAGGAACAUGCGGCCGUCGUUCAGAACACUCGUAUGCAGUCUCUGCCUUGGGGCAAUCGCCGUAGCUCGAUUGUCAGAAGAGUUCAACGAAGAGCUUCAUCUACGACCUCUGCGGGACGGUAAACUAGCAGCUCGGUUCUCAUUCAGCACACUUCUGAAGGGUGCGACUCCAAGACACCCGGAGACUCUGGGAGUAGAGGACGACUCGCAGCUUUAUACUUUGCUUCCUCUUGCUCUCGGUCAAAUUUUACGAGAGUAUGCUGUGACCGAAUUACACCUCACGCUCAACGCUGGAAACUGGAACUACGACCGCUGGGGCUAUCCUGAUGAGCCCGGUGUUGGCACGGGGGCCGAGCUGUGGGCAUGGAUGGGAGAAGGUGGCGUUGUCACAGUGGACAGCCGAUGGCUGGGACUACGCAAUGCCCUCGCUGGACUAUUUUGCGCCUCGUUGGGUUCUUUGGACGAGCAACGUACGACUUCACCCGUGCUCACAUUCCAGCCGGAGGGCGCCUUGCCAAAUGGGACUGCGAGCCAUCAGCUACGGCACGCCACGCUACCGUCGGAGCACGUCUGCACGGAGAAUCUGACGCCCUUCCUCAAGCUCCUGCCGUGCAAGUCUCUGUCCGGCAUCGCCAGCCUCCUCAACCCACACAGACUGUUUGAUGCCGACUGGCACGGUCUAGGCGUGCACGUCCGAUAUCUUGAAGACGCUGGCGUCGAGGUGCGCCUGGCGUUCCAAGCCGUCCUGGAUCCGGUCCGAGCUGUAUCGGACGGACGACGAGACUGGUCUCUCAGCGCCAUUUUUGAUCGCCGUAUCGAGAGGGCUUGUCCUGUGGCGCGUUCGAGCGUCAUUCGCGUGCGGCUCCCCCAAAACGAGACGUACGCAAUCAUACCAUCACCGUCGACAAUGGACUCGACAUAUGCAACAUAUGUUAUGAGUGAAGUGAACAACCCACCCGAUGUCGCCAUUCGAUGGGUCGAAGAAACAACGUUUCAGUAUCCACCCACCAUCGAACCGCAGACGCACAUAUCCGUGCAUCGCACAUUGAACGGCGCUAGCCAGCAUACGGGCCAACUGGCGCUGACAGUUACGAAUAACCACGAUAUCCAGCUACAAGCGGGUUAUUUGGAGACCAUGCCGUGGCUGUUGCAGUUUUACUUGCAUACUCUUCACGCCCAGAUCGAUGGCGCGUCUCGGGAUGAUCUCGUUAAGGUCAUAUCAUACACGCCACCUCUUCCACAUGUCCAGCCAGCGCUUCUGCAAGCUGUCUUGACACUCCCGCCGAAAAGCACGUUGCGGCUAACCAUGGAUGUCGUGAAACCCUUCCUUGCCUACACGGAGCACCCUCCAGAUGCGCAGCGCGGCUGGGAUCUCCCCCCGGCCGUUUUCGUGCCGUUCUCAAGUCAGGACGGCAGUCAAACAGACUCUGAUCCGCAGCAACGCGCCAUCCUCUCGGACGUGCGCUCGAUGCGGAUGUAUACCCCUGUCCUCCUCGUCGACCUGGCCACGCCGGACUUCAGCAUGCCGUACAACGUGAUCAUCAUGAGCUGCACGCUGAUUGCACUCAUCUUCGGCAUGGUAUUCAACCUGCUGACGAGGAAGUUUGUAGUAGUACGCGUUGCCGAGAAAUCGUCUUGAAAGGAUGCGAACGCAUCUUCGUGGACCCUCGCCCGAUCCGCCGAGGCAAUCCGGAAUGAAUGGGUGAGAACCACAGGCACCUGUCGCGACUAGCCUUGUCCUUGAGACCACAGCAGUCGCUGGCGACCAGCUGACUGCAGACUGACGGCAACGUGGGCCAGA